CCCAAUCGAGGUCAACCUUCCGAAGUUAUCGAGUUGUUCAUUACGACUCAGCCAGCAACGACGAGGCAUGAAUCGACGAAUUGGACUUCGCUGACGAAUCAAGGGAGGCAGCGUCGAUGCGCUUGGAAAGGAUGAAACGACAGGUGGCUCGAAAUUAUGACAAAAAGAUGCCCCCACAUGGCAUCACCGUCGGCGCCCAAGUUCUCAAGCGUGACUUUCGUCCUGAUGCCCAUGAGGGAAAGUUGGCGCCAAAGUGGAAGGGUCCAUACAGAGUUCGCGAGGUGGUGGGUCCCGGGACAUUUAAGAUGGAGCAUCUUGAUGGCAAGGUGGUGAAAAGGACAUGGAAUGCACAAAACUUACGACUUUACCAGGAGGGCGUCCAGAUGUGUGCGAGCGCCUCAACUUGACAACGGGGAAUGAUGAUAUGGCUUAGUAAUAGUAGUAGAUAUUUUGUUCGUAGUAAUCAAGUGGGGCGGAAAGAGCGCUCAUAUUGUGUCUAAAGCGCCCGUAGUAGAGCCGUAUCGUGUCCAAAGCGCCCAACAUUGUAAGCGCCCCAAAUAUGUUGUCAUAUUGUGUUUACAAUUUCGUGCCAAUUAAAGUGCCCAACUUUGC